AUGGACAAUUCACGUACGAGCAAUGCUCCCCUGACCAAGCGUCGCAGACGCCAUCGCCCGAACCAACGCAAACGGGCUAAACACCGCCGCCCGCCUUCCACUGACGCCGUGGCUGUGAAAACUGAAUCUACCCACAAUGACAAUGAUCAACCUAACAAACGUGUCCGGAAACAGAAGCUUACUUCCCUGAAACAGCCCGCCACAAAUAAAGCUGACCAUCAAACCAAAGACGCUAAGACCAAGCCCCAAGAUCCCGUUACUGACACUAAUGAUAAAGCCAAGUCUCUUCCUGAUAUUCUCACAGCGAGAAACAACGAGAAGGCCACAUUUGAAGAUCUCCCCGUUUCCAUUGUUCAAUUCGUCUUUUCAUUGGUGGAUGUUCCUUCGAUGUGUAAUCUCUACAUCGCCAUGGAAUUCUCCUCCUACGCCGAGGAGAUCGCCAAACACCUUGACGAUCGUGGAGUGACAGUGACGGCCGAAGCUGUCGCCACUGGCGACCCUGAAAAUAUCAGUUUUGCUACCUUAGCCAGGCUUCCUCCCUGUCAUAUCCGAGUCACGUGUAAUUUGGUUAACAUGGAAUUAACCUUUUGGCACCUUAAACAAGUCACGGUGAAACUGGUGGACUUACACCUCAAAAAUCUCGAUAAACGCCGCAGACGCUUUCAUCCUGACUUACAAUUUCUUGGAAGCACGUUGAAGACGCUCCGUUUGGACUACUUCUACUUCUUUAACGACCGUAUCCCUACCACGUUAACCAACCUUCAUCUUCUCCAAUGUGAAAGUUAUAUCGACCUUGCUGCCUUCACCAAUCUCACCCAUAUUGAAGUCAUCGGUUGCCUGGGUGUUUCUGUUAAAGAAUUGCCGCCACUGAUUGUUAGCCUCAAAAUGAACGAGGUGGAGUUUGACGCAUCGACGCUACCCCAUAUUGAACACGUUUUUGGUGAUAAAAUAACCAAUUUGCCUUGGUCCCAAGUGAAGUCAGCCAAGUGGGUCAAGAUUCCUCUGGGCCAACGAAUGGACCAGUUGACAGAGCUUGAAAUUAACGGUGGCCCGGUUGAGAAAGAUGUCGAGUUUCCUAAGCUCGAAUCAGUCAAAAUCAAGCUGCAAGAUUGCAAGAACGUCUCCAACUACUUCACUGUCGCGCAGCUCGCACAAGUAAGGAUUCUCAAAGCUAAACAUGCGAUGGUCGAAAUUUUGCAUUUGCUCCAAAACUUAACCAUUUUACACUGUCGGUUUCACGAUGAACUCACCGAGAGGUCUCAAUUACCGCCUAACUUGGUUGAACUCUCAAUAUCUUCGUCUGAGUCAGUGUGGGGUGUUCCUCCUCAGCUCAAAGCGUUUUCUUACACGAGCGUGAUCGACUCUAAGUAUAAGUUUAGGUUUAAUGAGCCUACGCUUUGCGUGUAUGCAGAAUCAGAUAACCUCAAAAGUUUGGUGAUCAAAGGAGCGUCGUCGGUGACGGUUGAGUGUCCCAACGUCACUCACUUUACGUGUUGGGAUCCUCGUAAGAUACGUGUCGAUCUCCCUAAUUUGCAGAGCUUAACUUACAGAAAUUCUUGCUGGCCCAGUACUCAGUUCCCUUUCAAACGGGGCUACCCUAACCUUCAGGAACUCGACCUAAGAGGGGUAUCACAAGAUGUGGUGUUUGAUCAUCCAAUGAAGUCGGUUCGAUUGGAUGAUAUGAGACCACAGCGGUUGAAGUUUACCACUGACCGAGUGCACUUUAACAAAUGCGAGAUCCCCGCCGAUACCGAUAUCACCGCCCGAGUCCUCAAGUGUAACUCUCGCUUCCUCAGCACCCGUGGAAUCAGGUGUGAGGAGUUGUAUUGUAAUGAAGUUGACCAAGUACCGCCCACGGUGCAGAAGCUCUCGUUGAGUUUGAGGGAAUCGUCCCCUUACACUUAUAUCCAUGCGAAAGUACCUGAGUUAUGUGGGUGCAAUGUGCUCACGUCGUUGAAAAUUACGGGGGGAAUUUGGCACUAUCGGCGGGGCUUACCGGUACCACCAUCUGUCAAACAAGUGUCUAUUUGGAACCAGCAUUGGAACCGACGAAAGCAGCAUUGGGAAGGAGUGUUCUUUGUGACCACACCGACCAGACUCGAGCACUUUGAAUUUUUUGACCCUCGUUACGACAACUGUGUGGCGUUCAGCCAGCAACCAGCGUCCGUUUUCGUCGAAAACGGUUGCCCAUGGGGUCAAUCCGGACUGUUAGCCAGCUUUGACUCCACGCUAUUGUGA